AUGGUUGAAAUCCGCGCUGUAGCCAAAUGCACGGAGGUGACUCCUCAAUGCCCAGUUGAGGGCACUAUCUACGGCUACGCGCCCGAUCUUGUGUUCAGCAUUGAAUUCUGUUUAAUAUUCGGUGUUUGUUCUCUGAUCCAGCUCGGUCAGAUGAUCAGAUGGCGCCUGUGGUCUUUUAGUAUUGCCGUGAUUCUCGGUUCUUUGACUGAGGUUAUUGGCUAUUUUGGUCGUAUAUUACUCAACAAAAACCCAUACUCAUCCGCCGGCUUUAAGACGCAGAUUUGCACUUUGACACUGGCACCAGCUUUCUGGUCGGCAGCCAUAUACCUGACACUGAAACAUGGAGUGAAUGUUCUGGGCCAAGAAUACUCGACACUGAGGGCGAAGUGGUAUCCUUACAUCUUUGUCACCUGCGAUGUCAUUUCGUUGAUUCUUCAAGGCGCUGGCGGUGGCCUUGCGGCAGCAGCUGAGACAUCCAAAGCCAGUGAUAUUGGCAGCGAUGUCAUGAUGGCCGGGAUUGUUUGGCAAGUUGUUACCUUGACGGUGUUUGCGGCGAUGUCGGGCCAUUUUCUUCUUCGUAUAAAGAAUGCCCCGAAAGAUGGAUUGUCGGUUGAGGCCCGGAAAGUCUGGAACAGUCGCAAUUUCUGGGUAUUCUUCUGGGGUAUCUUUGUGGCAUUUGUGACAACUUAUGUCCGUUGCGUCUAUCGUAUUGCGGAAAUGGCCGGUGGGUGGAAAAACCCUAUAAUGCAGGACGAACUUGAUUUUACUAUCCUUGAGUCGAUGUAA